GGUGAGGUCCCGCCUCUGAGGCGCGCGCGAAGAGUUGUCGCGCCGUGAACUCUGGGAAUCGUAGUGCUGGCUCUGGGAAUCGCCACGGGAAAAGCGACUCUUGCCUACAUACCCCGUGGUGCCUUGCGGCGCUGGCCGCUACCGGAUGUGUGCCUGGCGCCGGAAGAGAAGACGGCCCCCCUCUCGCAGCCCGGCCAUCUUGUGGGAAGAGCUGAAGCAGGCGCUCUUGGCUCGGCGCGGCCCGCUGCAAUCCGUGGAGGAACGCGCCGCCGAGCCACCAUCAUGCCUGGGCACUUACAGGAAGGCUUCGGCUGCGUGGUCACCAACCGAUUCGACCAGUUAUUUGACGACGAAUCGGACCCCUUCGAGGUGUUGAAGGCAGCAGAGAACAAGAAAAAAGAAGCCGGCGGGGGCGGCGUUGGGGGCCCUGGGGCCAAGAGCGCAGCUCAGGCCGCAGCGCAGACCAACUCCAACGCGGCGGGCAAACAGCUGCGUAAAGAAUCCCAGAAAGACCGCAAGAACCCGCUGCCCCCCAACGUUGGCGUGGUUGACAAGAAGGAGGAGACGCAGCCGCCUGUGGCGCUUAAGAAAGAAGGAAUAAGACGUGUUGGAAGAAGACCUGAUCAACAACUUCAGGGUGAAGGGAAGAUAAUUGAUAGGAGACCAGAAAGGCGACCACCUCGUGAAAGACGAUUUGAAAAGCCACUUGAAGAAAAGGGUGAAGGAGGAGAAUUUUCAGUUGAUAGACCGAUUAUUGACCGGCCUAUCCGAGGCCGUGGUGGUCUUGGAAGAGGUCGAGGAGGCCGUGGACGUGGAAUGGGCCGGGGAGAUGGUUUUGAUUCUCGUGGCAAACGUGAAUUUGAUAGGCAUAGUGGAAGUGAUAGAUCUGGCCUGAAGCAUGAGGACAAACGUGGAGGUAGCGGAUCUCACAACUGGGGAACUGUCAAAGAUGAAUUAACAGAGUCCCCAAAAUACAUUCAGAAACAAAUAUCUUAUAAUUGCAGUGACUUGGAGCAAUCAAAUGUGACUGAGGAAACACCUGAAGGUGAAGAACAUCCCGUUGCGGACACAGAAAAUAAGGAGAACGAAGUUGAAGAAGUAAAGGAAGAGGGUCCAAAAGAAAUGACUUUGGAUGAGUGGAAGGCUAUUCAAAAUAAGGACCGGGCAAAAGUAGAAUUUAAUAUCCGAAAACCAAAUGAAGGUGCUGAUGGGCAGUGGAAAAAGGGAUUUGUUCUUCAUAAGUCAAAGAGUGAAGAGGCUCAUGCUGAAGACUCAGUUAUGGAUCACCAUUUCCGGAAGCCAGCAAAUGAUAUAACGUCUCAGCUGGAGAUCAAUUUUGGAGACCUUGGCCGCCCAGGACGUGGUGGCAGGGGAGGACGAGGUGGCCGUGGGCGUGGUGGACGUCCAAACCGUGGCAUCAGGACUGACAAGUCAAGUGCUUCUGCUCCUGAUGUGGAUGAUCCAGAGGCAUUCCCAGCUCUGGCGUAACUGGAUGCCAUAAGACAACCCUGGUUCCUUUGUGGACCCUCCUCUUUGAGGCUUGCAUGCUUAAGGAUCCCAAACGACUAAGAAAUUUAAAAAAAAAAAAAAAAAAAAAAAGACUGUCAUUCAUACCAUUCACACCUAAAGACUGAAUUUUAUCUGUUUUGAAAAUGAACUUCUCCUGCUACACAGAAGUAACAAUAUGGUAGUCAGUUUUGUAUUUAGAAAUGUAUUGGUAGCAGGGAUGUUUUCAUAAUUUUCAGAGAUUAUGCAUUCUUCAUGAAUACUUUUGUAUUGCUGCUUGCAAAUAUGCAUUUCCAAACUUGAAAUAUAGGUGUGAACAGUGUGUACCAGUUUAAAGCUUUCACUCAUUUGUGUUUUUUAAUUAAGGAUUUAGAUGUUCCCUCUAUUAUAAACUGGUUUUAAAUAUUGGACAUAAUAUCAGUUUUAAUACCUGCUUUGCAUUUUCACACAUGGUCAACUGGGACAUGUAAACUUUGUCAAAUUUUAUGCUGUGUGGAAUACUAACUACUUUAUGUAUUUUAACUUAGUUUUAAUAUUUUCAUUUCUGGGGAAAAGGUCUUUUUUUCACUUCUCAUGAUAGCUGUUAUAUAUGCUAAAUCUUUAUAUACAGAAAUAUCAGUACUUGAACAAAUUCAAAGCACAUUGGUUUAUUUACCCUUGCUCCUGCAUGGUUUAAUAGGUUCAAAUUAUAAUUGAUUCACAAUUUUAAUUAUAUUUACUUUUUUAAAUGUGUCACUUUCCCAUUUUAAAAAUCAAUCUAGACACCUUACUGGUGUAAGUUGUUUAAGCUCCAUAAUCGUUGAUAGACACAUACUGUCAAGUGAAAUAGUUUUAUGGGUGUUGGGUUUUUCCUCCUCUAACAGGGUAGGUUGAACAAAUUAAUUUGGUUAAUGCAUAAUAUUUAAAUUGCUCUGUAAGAUAAGUGGCCACUCAGUAUGAUUUGUAUGUGUGAAGGGUCCCCAAUCAAAAUUGUACAUCCAUAAUCAACCCUUUAACCCUUCCUUGUUCUAAAGAAACCAAAGGGCGCUGAAUAGUAUGGUAAGCUGGGAAAGAAUAUAUUAGUUUUUGGAAUUUGGAAAGCAGACGGCUUUAGUUUAUAAGGUUGGAACAGUAGCACCAUCCAUGAAAUACAAACCAAAAAUUGUACUGUUUCUGAAUUUCCUAUAUUGCUAUUAAUUUUGGUCUUAAGUUAGAUACCAAGAAAGUUUUAAGUAUCUUUUACCUCUUCCUCCGUUAGAAGAUUAAGUUAAUAAUGGAUUCCUCAAUCAGGAGCAUCACCACUUACUAAAAGCAUGGAGAGAAUAAUCAAUAAACAAGUUUUCUAGGGUUUUUUUUUUUUAAAGUCUUCUGCCACAGUUAUUGAUAAGAAAGGGGUUUUAUUUACAGUUUUAAAAGAUCUUUUUGUCACUCUUGUCUGUAAUUUUCUAUGUACGGUAAUGUCCAGUUUUGAAAAACUUUAUGAUUUAAGAUCUUAAAUUAUAAAAUGUCAAUUUAGCUGACUAGUUCUCCCCUAUACUUUUAAAAGAGAAAUUGACAGUACAAGAGUUACUCAUUGGGAUUAGAUUUAUUAAUCUAGUUACUAAGUUUGAUAUCUUAGGAAGGAGGUAAUGGGUUUUUUUUAAUGAUGGAUAAACUUGUGCUGGUGUUUUGGAUCUUAUGAUGCUGAGCAUGUUCUGCACUGGUGCUAAUGUUUAACAUAACUUUAUAUUUACAAACAUACCUGCUACCCAGAGGCAAGUAAUCAUUUAGUCCAUAUGGACUAUUGACCCCUCUUGAGAUUGCAACAUACACACUCCUAAACACACAUACACAGUGUGUUUAACUUGUAUCUUGUUUCUGGACAUGAACAUGUUAUAAACUUCUUGAGUUCUAGCAACAUACAGAAAACACCUGCUAUUAAAAACACUUCGCAAGUUCUUAUCGUCAGCCAUUGCUGGCAUUCUGUCACUAGAGAAAACAGCAAUAUCUGAUAUGUUGCAAGCUUUCAAGAUAGCCUGGAUUUUAAAAGUUGGUCCAUUAGUUGUAUCUGAUGGAUGUAAAUUUGCCUCCUAGUUCACUUUGUGUUAAGAGCUAAAACUGUGAACCUAACUUUCUCUUAUUGGUGGGUAAUAACUGAAAAUAAAGAUUUUAUUUUCAUGCUCA